AUGGAGCCGUCCGAGAUCAAGUUUAAGUGCAGCUUGUACGCAGACGACGUGAUUCUCUUCAUCCGGUCGACGGUGCAGGAGGCCACGGCGGUAAAAGAAAUCCUCAAUGUGUUCGGCGCGGUGUCAGGCUUGAGAACCAACCUUGCAAAGUGCUCCAUCACGCCUAUUUUCGGUGCUGAGGAGAGCUUGGAGGAGAUUGUGUCCAUCCUCGGCUGUCAGGUACAAGCAUUCCCCAUCAAGUACCUUGGGCUGCCGCUCAGUACCAGAUCAAUACCCAAAGCACAUUAUCAGUCUGUGGUCGAGGCUGUGGCUCGGAAGAUGCCGCCAUGCCACGGGGCCCUAAUGGCGAGGAGUGGUCGCCUGGUCUGGAUCAAGUCCGUGCUCCGUGCUGUACCAAUCUAUGCCAUGAUCGCAGAAAACCUACCGCCGUGGGCACGGGAGGAGAUCGACAGCCUGUGCAGGAAAUUCUUUUGGGCAGACCACAAGUGGCUAUGGCUGCAGAAAAUUGACCGCGACCGAGCCUGGAGCCAGCUGCCUAUCAAAACCGCGCCUGAAGUGCAGGCCUUCUUCAGGGCCUUAACCUACAUCAGUGUGGGGGACGGACGCCAAGCACUCUUCUGGGAAGAUCGAUGGAUCAACGGCGAGGCAGUCGUCGACAUUGCACCAUGCUUAUACCAACUGGUGCCCAGAAGGACUCGCACCAGACAAACUGUCAGAGACGGCCUCAUCGACAGAGCCUGGACACGAAGCAUCACGGGGGGAAUGUCUGUGGACGCCAUCAAUGAGUACCUCUUCCUCUGGAACACCCUGCGUGACUACCAGCUGACUGAGGCGCCUGAUCGGACCAUCUAG